AUGCAAGUUAAUAGUGAAAGUGUAAACAAUAGUCGUUGCAAUGCUAGUGGAAAUUUUGUUGAUACUAAAUCAGCAAGAGACAUUAGUAAUAAACAACAACAAUUCGAUCUCGAGUUUGCUGAUAUUACUUUGUCUAAUUUACGGCCACCACAAGCUUCCUCGACUGUUGAAAGAAAAGUAAUGGGAUCAACUGGUACGAGGUUCGUGCCUGAAAAUUCUCCGAUCAAUGAUUACAGCAAUUGUUGGAGCGAAAGACAAUCUGUGGAUCGUUUGUUGACAGCAAGCGCGGGAGAAAGUUCGCUGGGCCUCAUUGAUGUUUCUACUCACACAAAUAAAGAAAAUAACGUGAAUAUCCAAAAUUUAUCAACAACAGAAGAAGGAAAGACUUCGUUACCUCAUCAGGUGUCAAAAUUCAACUCAACUGCUGUGAGCUUUGAGCCGACAGAAUUUACCGGGCGGUCGUCAAUAAUUAACGAAGACGGCGUGACGUCAAUUUUAUCAAGCUUUAAAGCCAAUAAUUCCAAUGCAUAUGGGUUUAGCUUUAACAGCACAGCCGCAGAGUUGAUGGAAAAAUUUGGCAACGAUGAUUUCCUGUCAGGUUCACAGUUUGAUAAUAAAUUAUUGACUGAUGAAUUGUCCUGGCGACAAAAUUAUGACGCAAUACCGCCAUCAGCCACUACAACAGUUCCUGUUGCUUCUACAAAUUGUGUCAAUAAUAAUAAUAAUAAUAAUAAUAAUAACAAAAACAACAACAAUAAUAAUAAUUACAAUAGUAAGAAAGAACAUCUUAACUUGAGCUGUUUUUCAGGAAUAAUAGGCGAAUUGGAUUUAUCACUAGCGUCUUGUGCUACGGCCACAUCUGGCGGUCGUAAAGUAUCGGUCGGUGAAUAUUUCAAAAGAAAAUGCGAUCCCCUGGGUCAAUUAUCGAACAGCACUAUAAGCAGCACUGUGGAUAGGCCUAAUUUUGGACUGCACAGUAUCAGAAGUCCCGAACGUAUCGCAAGUUAUAAAUCUCCGGUUAACGGCGGUGAAAUGGCGAGUACGCUUAACGGGACUGUGGACGUUGAGUCUGAAAGUUUCAGUAAUAAUACGAUGGUAAACAGCUGCGAUGAAACCCAACUCUCAAAAACAUCAGUGGCUGACGACUUAAUGAGUUUGAGUAAAAUAGCUCAGGUGUUGCAGUCUGACGAACUGGGUGGGAGUCCGCGGCGGUUAAUCGAUCAACUUUUGAUGCUCAAGAAGAAACAAAAGUCUGAUAAUCUCUCUAUGUUAAGUUCAAAUACUAUUAUGCCCGGCGGAGGGGAUACUUAUACAGUAUUACCAGCGAGGACUUCGUUACCUGUUAUGAACAGCACGCCUUCAACAACUUUAGUAGCUGAUACAGCGGAUAAUGACGCUGGAAUAAAAUCAAAUGGAUUAUUGUUUGAUAAUAAGAGCGUUAACGGUGUUAUUAAAAAAGACUUUGACUCUUUUAAUGAUAAUAAAAGUCAUUUUAAUAGUGACAGCGAUGCUGCUAAAGCUUUAUUCCCGAGUACAAAAGAUGUUGUUGAUGCAUCGGAGAGUUAUAAAAAUAGUAAAGGGAUUAAAAUUAUAAAAACAUCAAUAUUAUCACCAGCAGAAUCCCCUUUGUCAAAGUAUAAACUUUUAAAUCAUAAUUCAAUGCAAAAUAACAUUAAACAAAAUAAUAGUAGCAGAAAUAAUGAUGAUGUUGAUGAUGAUGAUGAUGAUGAUGAUGAUGAUAAUAAUAAUGCAUUGUUAGAAAAUAUUCGUCAGUGUAAUGAUCAAUAUCAGCAACAAAAUAAUAUGGUUGUAAAACAAGAACUGGAUUAUACAAAUUAUGAAAAACGAGUUAGCGAAAAAAUAAGUAUAGGUAAAAAUACACGUGACUUAUAUAAAUGUUUGAUUGGAGUACCGCGUGAUGCAGACAUUGAAAUAAAAAAUGAAAGCGAUCGUUGGUUAAUAUGUACAUUUAAAUUGGACCAAAUUCAGGGUAAUAAAAGUAACGUUGAAAUAAUAGUGCCAUCAGACCAGAUUUUAAUUGAACCGAAUGAAUCGAAAACGGCUAAACUAAUGGUUAAUUUUUUAAAAGUCGGUGAUCCAGUAAUGGCAUCACUUAGUAUUCAGGUAAUGGACAUGUCGACACGUGAAAUAUUCACGAAACAACAUAUGAUGUGUUUCAUUCCAACGAUAAAUGAUGAAUUCAAAAAUCAAGAUUUAACGUCAAUACCACCAACAACUAAAGUAAUGGGAGCAACAGCUAAUGCUGAUUGUCAUCGUGAGAUAGAAUUAAUUGAUGCAACGCCAGUUUUAUUAAAAAAUAAUACAAAUAAAUAUAUACGAUUAAAAAAUAAAACAAAUAAAAUGGUAAAUUUAUCAGUAGCUGUUGAACCAUUCGAUAAAUUGCCGGAGGAUAAUUUUAAUAUUGAACCAAAAAAUUUGACACUACAGAUUAAUGAAAUGAGCAUUGUAUUAAUAAAAUACCACAGCAGUACAGGAAUAAAAUUAAAUGAUGAUAGACAAGCAGUAAUUAAAAUAAAAACAGAUGGAAAUAUUUAUUCAUAUUCAGCAGUAUUAAUAGAAAAUGAAAAAGAAAAUGAGGAUGAGAAAGGAAGAGGUAAAAAUAGAGAGGAAAAAGAUAAAGAAAGAGAAAGUAAUAAAGUUGGAGUUGAUAAUGAAAAUAACGAUUACUGUCAACGGUGCAAUACUCCACAGCGUAUGAUGUUUACUGGUGCGUCUGGUACUGGUGGUACGCGCGCUGGUUCUGUUGAACUCGGCGCCGGCGGCGAUAUUGUAAAUGAUGCUGGUUUAUCUCCUAGUAACAAUAUAUUGUCACCGGCAUCAACGGCGAGUACAGGGACGACAAUAGUGCCGAGAAUAAAUUUAUCUGGUAGAAAUUCACCCCGUAGUACAAUAUCUACGACGACAUCCAACACUGGUGGUUCAAGACCACCUACAGCCGUUACGGAUGACGUUAUUAUUCCAAUAAAGUCUACUAAUUCAACUUUAGUGUGGACUACCGUUAAAGUUGGUAAAUACGAAAAUCGUGAAUUUACAAUACGUAACAUUGGGAGCUCGAAAAUUAAACUCCAGGGAGUAAUAACUGAUAAAGAUAAUUGCUAUAAAUUUUUAAAAGAUCGUGAUUCGAGUACCAACAUGACGGUGACACUGCAGCGUAUGGAGAGUAAGACAUUUACGGUGAUAUUUAAUCCGAGUUCAGUGGGUCCAGCGGCUGGAAAAAUAACAUUUACUUAUUUUGAUAAAAAACAGCAUCAGCAACAGAACAAUGACAACAACAACAACAACAACAAAGAAUUAUCGAGACCUUCUAGGAUAAUUCCCCUUUACGGUUACGGUGGUUACGCAAAAGUUUGUGUUGGUCAAGCGCUUAAAAUAAUAGGCGAUCAGAUGUGGUUGCCUCUCGGUAAAUUAAACUCCAAUGGUACUCUAAACACCAAAAUAAGACUAGAAAAUACAGGUGAUUUGUCAGCUUACGCUAAAAUAUCGUUAGCACCGAAAGCCGUUUAUCCAUCAGUUGAAUCAAAUUGGCACAUCGAACCGACGGAAGUGAUACUUGCCCCGAAAGAGGUUCAGUGGAUAACACUUAGAUUUCGACCUCGUCGAGAGGACAUGGCAUUAUUACGCGGGGCAACAGCCUCAGGGGUCAGAGGCGGCUGCGGCAAUUCCACCGGCAAUGUUACCGAUAUAGCUACUCUUACAAUAAUGCACGGGGAUGAACCCACACGAUGGCGAAUUCGCAGACUCUAUAAAAAAAUAACUCAAGCCGAGCAAGAUAAAAAAUCUAAAGAUAGCAAAGAUAUAUUUAUGAGCAUGGUUCACCAAAUUAGCAAAGUUAUAACAGGGGAAAAAUCAAUAAAUAAUUUGAAUAUCAUACGUGACUCUGUUCAAGACCUCGGUAUUUUGUGUCGACAACUUUCGCGACACGCAAUAACUUUAACAAUGGAGUGGGAUUCGGACGACACAAUGUCGAUAUACCAGGACACAGAUGAUUAUUAUUACGACGAUGAUGACGAUUCUAAUGAAUCAAAAUUAUUUCAAUCACUUUACAGCGCCAGUGAGAUAAACAACUGUACGGCAAUCACUGUUACCAAUGAAAAUAAUAGUUAUUAUUUGCCUUCUGCUUCUGAAACUCGGUAUUUGACUGACGCUAAUUAUAUUAUGAGAGCAAACAACAACAAUCAACCAAUACCAUCCUCAUCAUCCGCAUCAUCCUCCUCUGCAUCAACGUCCAUGCGGAACCCAGUUACAGACGUGAGCAUUGAUGUAGAAGCUGAUAAAAAUAAACAAUUUACUGUCUCUCCAUUAUCUGUUACUUUGAGUCCUCCGAUUUUAAAACACGCUACAGUUAUUAUUACAAAUAUGACAAGUAAUAACCAACCAUACAGAACGAAGCUAUUGUCUCACAGUGAACAACUAGUGAGUGUUGUGCCCAGCGAGGGUCUUAUUCCGGCCAGGAGGGGUAUUCUCGUUAAAAUUCAGUCUAAUAAUAACAACAGUGUUGACAAAAAUAUCGAGGCCGUUUUACGAAUUUAUACAGCUAAUGAGAAACGUGAUCUUGCGAUAAAAAUCUUAACUGCCGCUAGUGCUCCUUAUACUUGGGCUGGUGGUGCUUCAGCUCACGGAAGAACAAGAACACAAUCCGGAUCUUAA